AUGAGAGCUCAUAUGGAACCCGCCCCUCGACAAAAGUGGUCUGAGCAAUCGAGCCGCCGCCGAAAGCAGCCCAGUCUGUACGACGAAUACCUGAACCAGGAGCGCUCCGCCAUGUCACAAAGCCAGCCCGUGCCACAGAGCAUCAUACAGACGACGGCCGAAGUCCGCCAGCAGCACUUCCCCGGGCCUCGAUCUGCCCGCAGUGACAACACAAUCCGCACCGUGACUCCCGACUCGGUCGCGAACGUCGAAGAGACGACCAUCAACAUUGAGGGCCAUGUGCUUGGCUCUUCUCCCCGGACCAGCCUCAAGAGAGAUCGUGAUAGUCCUCGCUCGCUGUUGCUCGCCCGCAGCGAGUCGACUGACAACGCGCGCGCUCGCUUGCAGUAUACGUCGACCUCGGCCAAUCGUCGUAACCGUACGAGGACGCUGGACGAGAGCGCCUCGCGUGAAGUGUCGCCCGGUUCUGCCCUCAAUCCUGGUAGCCGUCUGCGCCAUGGCUCGAUCCACCUCAGCAGCAACGAAAGCGCCUCGACACAGCUCGUAUCUCCCUCCUUCGACCCUUCGCAAUCCACGUCGUCGUCUGCCUCCAAGCGUCCGCGCUCGCCCAUCUCGGUAUCCGAUGCCGCCAGCGUACAAAGUCCCCUACCCAACAACAGCGCUCGCCGAAUUCUGCAUCUCAUGAAGACGUUAUGUGGUCGCAUGUCGGGCACCCUCUGGUACCGUCGUGGUACCACAGCGUCGUGGCUCCAGUCAUACUGCUACAUUCAGGAGGACACGGGCAGUCUGCUAUGCGAGGCCGAUGUCAGCUCUCCACAACACCGUACCCUCAUUCCCGACUUACGCGGCUGUCAAGUUCGCACUGCCAUGGACGAAGACACCCAGAUGCCCUAUCUUGACAUCUCGGUGCCAAACUCGACACUACAAUUGCAUGUCCGCCUGAAAGACCGCAAAGACUUUGACUCGUGGUUCGCCGCGUUACUCUGUUGGCAGCCAAUUCGCCCUAGAGGUCUUAAUAACAAGAUGACAAAACCUCAGUCUCCUGUUGUGCAAGGCAUCACCUUGACUGAUAGCAGGCGCAAUUCUGAGAUGUCUCUUACAUUAAAAGAAGCUCCCAUCAUCAAGGUUGGUCCCAUGAUCUAUUGGGACAGCAACAUAUCAUAUACCAAUGCUAGCACACCGAGAUCGCUCAAGCCUUCACCUUCGCGCUUCCAAAGCUAUGGCUCGCACUGGUGGAGGCGUGUAUCAUGCACCUUGCGUGAGAACGGAGAGCUCAAGCUCUACGCAGAAUCUGGUUCGACUCUUCUUUCUGUUGUUCAGCUUUCUCAACUCUCGCGCAGCGCCGUUCAAAGAUUGGAUCCUUCAGUCUUGGACAAUGACUUUUGCAUAGCCAUCUAUCCUCAGUACACAUCAGGUGCCACCGUCACGACCGCCAUUCGACCUAUAUAUCUUUCCCUGGAAACACGUGUUCUCUACGAAGUCUGGUUUGUUCUGCUGAGAGCUUUCACGAUACCGCAACUUUACGGACCCAAACCUAAUGGGCACUCUGACGAAUCUGCCAUUAUUCCUGAUACCCCUUCGUCAUCGACUUUCGAUAACAUGAUGGCCAAUGAGAAGAUUGAAAUGUUCCGCAUGGAGCGUGCUCUGUCCAUUCGCAUAAUUGAAGCCAAGCUGCCUCAUGCUCCUUUGAGCUCAUUGGCUGAGUUCAAUCAUCACCACUCAAAUCGUCAUAAUAACAAUAACAACAAUGCUGCCAACAAACCUGAGCUCUCGGAUGGGUACUACGUUGAGAUACACCUGGACGGUGAAACCCGAGGCAAGACACAAAUCAAACAUGAAUCAAUGGCGCCUUUCUGGCGCGAGGAAUUUGACUACUUAGAUCUGCCCGCUGUUCUUACAUCAGCCUCCGUCUUGUUGAAGCGUCGCCCGCCGGAUCUCUCAAGUCCUCGCGAACAACACGAACUUCGCCUUGUGCAUGAAGCCUGGUUGCUGGACCCAUCGCAAAUGACUGGUGGCUCUGCUGGAUUAAUGCCUGUACAAAACGAUCAAACGCUCGGCAAGAUCGAAAUUUACCUUGAAGAAUUGGAAGCGAGCAAAGAGGUCGAAAAGUGGUGGCCAGUCAUGAACGUGCACGACGAAAACGUGGGCGAGAUCCUGAUCAAGGCUCGCGCGGAGGAGAAUGUCAUUCUCAUGGCCAAGGACUACAAGCCCUUGAACGAUCUGUUACACAACUUCUCGAACGAGCUUACGUUGCAGGUCGCUCAGAUGAUCCCGACAGAACUGAGGCGGUUAUCAGAUCUGCUGCUGAAUAUCUUCCAGGUAUCUGGCCAGGUCACUGAAUGGAUCAUGGCUCUGGUCGAAGAAGAGAUUGAUGGAGUGCACAAAGAGACGCCUGUUUCUCGCAUGAGGUAUACCCGUCGCAUGGCAAACAACAACAACGAGGCAGACGCAAAUGUUACUGCUGCCAGCGAGAGAGAGCUGAUGGUCCGCGACAUGAACAAGAAUGCUACACUGGAGGCUAACUUGCUCUUCCGUGGAAAUACACUGCUCACCAAGUCUUUGGACUCGCACAUGCGUAGGGUAGGCAAGGAGUAUCUCCUCGAAUGCCUCGGUCCAAUCAUCAGAGACAUUAACGACAAAGAUCCCGAUUGCGAAGUCGAUCCCAACCGAGUUACCAACCAGCAUGAUCUCAAGAAGAACUGGGACAGGCUCAUAAACUGCACAAAAUCCGUCUGGAACACAAUCAAAGUCAGUGCCAGAAACGCACCUUCGGAGCUGAGAGUCAUCUUCAGACAUAUCAGAGCUUGUGCCGAAGACAGAUAUGGCGACUUCUUGAGAAGCGUUAGCUACAGCAGUGUUUCUGGAUUCUUGUUCCUGCGCUUCUUCUGCCCGGCAGUCUUGAACCCCAAGCUGUUUGGUCUCUUAAAGGACGACCCGAAACCUCGCGCACGACGAACAUUUACGUUGAUCGCAAAGUCGCUGCAAGGUCUCGCUAACAUGGCCUCAUUCGGUAGCAAAGAACACUGGAUGGAACCCAUGAAUGUCUUCCUCACAGAUCACCGGGAAGCUUUCAAGACCUUUAUCAACGACAUCUGUUCGAUCUCUGCUCCUGAUGGCAUGAUUGGUGUAAAGCCUACUUCGUACUCCACUCCCUUGGCCAUUCAAUCUCGACUUCCGAUGACAAGCCGUGAGGGCUUUCCAAGCUUACCAUACCUUAUCGACCAAAGUCGUGAGAUUGCAAGCUUGGUCGAACUCUGGCUACAUGGCACGACAAAUGGAAGCGAGGCAGAGUUGUUGGCGGCGCAGAUUGGCAAAGAAGAUGGCGACCUCUUGACCUUCCACAGACUUUGCAGAACCCUCGAUGCUCAGACAAAGGAGUGUCUAUCUCGUGCCGAGCGUGCCGAGCGUCCUAAUUCUGCGCUCAGCUUCCGCUGGGAGGAGCUCAUCGACCAACUGCAGACCACAUCACUGCUAGACAAUGGCGCCCGCAUUGACGAUGCUCUCGAUCAUGUACCAACCCGCGAUUCUUUUGAUGAUGUGAGCCAGGCUGCUCAGGCUGACUCAAGAGGCCGUGGGUUCAGUGUUGGGGGUGCCGGGCUUGGUCGCUACAGUGCAGACACAGAAGGUCCUCCUCCACCAUCUUGGGAAGAAGACCGCGAUGGAGGUGCCCAGACAGCAGCUGUCAGUAUCCUGAGUCACGAUAACAGCCGCCAUUUCGACAAGACCAGUCUCGAAAUGGUACGACCCGGGACGUCAACCGCCUCAGUCUCGGCAUCAGGCUCAUACAGCAACAACAUUGGCGCUGGAUUCAUGAGCGGAAACAGUGCAGCACUUCCACGCGACCUCACCUCUGCAAGCUUAAACCUGCAUUUCCCUCAACGGGACCGUGAGCGCAAGUCUACUGAACGGCCCCGCGAUGGCAGUGUCAGCGGCAGUGUCGUCAGCAGCGAAACAGAUAUGACAACCGCCCUACCCAGUCUUGCACGCGAACGAGAACGAAGAGAGCGCGAAAAGGAGAAGAAAGAAAAAGCAAAGCGCGAAGAAAGAGAACGGCGACUCAAGGACUUUAUACCCGGCCUCACGGGCCUACGACGAAAGAACGAGCAUAAGGACAAGGAUAAAGACUAA